AUGCGAAUUUGCAAUCGAACAUUUCUUCUUUGGAUGGAGUUUUUCUUUGAUCAAUUCUUUUACUUCCUAAUUCUUUUCCCUUUACCUCUCUUGUCUAUUCUUUCUUUCUUUCUUUCUUUCUCAGUUCACUUUGCCUUUAUUCUUUCAUUAUUUCUUUUUUUUUCCUUUUUUCGUUCUUUUGUCUUCGUCUCUUUCCUUCUUUCGUCUGUUCUUUCUACCGAAUGUCUUUCUUUUCUAUCCUUCAUGCCGUCGUUCCUUAUUUUUCUCAUUUAUUUCUUCUCUUCUUCCUUUCUUUUAAUCAUAUUUGUUCUCGUUGCUUUCUUCUUUCUAUCAUUAGAUUUUUUCAUUUUUCUUCAUCAAAACUUUUUCUUUUUACUUCCUGUAGGCUUUAUCAUCAUAUCUCAUUGUCUUUCUUUCUUUUUCCUUCUUUGUCUUUGGUUUUUUCUUCUUUCUUCUACUCAUUCUUACCCCUUGUUUUUUUUCUAUAAUACUUUAUUUUGUUUGUUUGUGUGUUUCGUUCGCUCUCAUCCUUCAUUCAUUUUUCGCUCUCUACCGUCAUUCAUUUUCUGCUUAAUUCGUUCAUUUUUUUUCCUUUUCCGUACUCGUUCUUUCUCUUUUUCUCGUUUUCCAUCAUUGCUUAAAAUCUUUCUUUGCCACUUCUUAUUCUUUUCUUCCUUCUCGCUUUCUUGUAUUUCUUCUUUCUUCUCUUUUUCGCUUAUUGCUUUCUUUAUUUUCGUUUCUUUUCACUCUUCUUUCUUUCUCUUGUCUUUUUUUUCUUUCUUUUCACUUUGGUGUCAUUUUCGCCUUCUCUGUUUCUCUUGUCGUUUUCUUUUUCUUUUCACAUUCUCUUCUUUUUCUUAUUAUUCCCUUUCUUUUGUUUUCCCCUUCUUCCGUAAUUCUAUUUCUUUUCUUUUUCUUUCUUACUCUAAACUUUUUUCUCUUCUCUUUUUCUCCUCUCUUUCAUUUCUUUUUCUUAUGUCUUUAUCUUUUCUUUCUUUUCUUUGUCUUCUUGUCUCUUCUUUUUCUUUUUUUCUCCUUCUCAUUCUUCCUUCUUCGCUCUUUCAGUUAUCUUUUUCUUUUUUUUCUCGUUUCUUUCUUUCUUUGUAUUCUCUCUUAGUCUUGUCUUUCCUUUUUUUCAUCUCUCGUUCUAUUUUCUUUGUUUUUUUCUCACUUUUGUUUCCUUUUUCUGAUAUUUUCCCUCAUUCACUUUAUCAGGAAAGAGCUUUUAUUUCUUUCUGCGACAUGUAA